AUGGAGUAUCUACACGUUGAUUCAAAUCCAGCGGGGAAAAGUGAAUUAACCUUAUUCACAGUUCCGUCAACACAGGUAACAAUAGAAUCAAGCUAUGAAACUGAGUACAGACCAUCAGCAAGUUUAGAGAGUAGCCUUGUCUAUGAGAUCGCUGUACCUCCAUCUGAAGACAUGACGGAUAUGGCCGCGACAAUGUUGCACAUUAAGGUUCAAGUGAUCGAUUCAACAAAUGAGCCAACCAAAAACGCAGUUAAAGCAAUGAUGGCUCGAAAUUUUGGAAAUGCACUAUUUGAACAAGUAGAUUUAUUUCUCAAUGGUGUAAACCUUUGUCAAGCAUCAAACAUGUAUCACUAUCAAGCCUUUCUUGAAGAUCUUUUGUAUAAAUUCCCGAACCCUGUUGACACUGGUAACCUAUCAAAGAAAGAACCUCAAUUUGUCGUUGCAUCUCGAACCUAUGACCUAUUUUUCCGUUUACAUUUACCUAUUUGUCAACAAGAUCGACUAAUGGUUAACGGCAUUCCGAUGGUUUUCAAAUUAACCAGGAGCCCAUUAACAUUUCCAGUUUGGGCAACAACUGAAGCUGACACAGAAACGUAUAAAACUAAAAUAACAAGUCUAUCACUAUUCAUUAGACGAGUUAAACUUUUCCCUGAUGCACAAGCCGGAUUAAUCACCACAUUAAACAAAGUUCCAGCUAAGUAUUUUAUCAUAAGAAAUGAAAUGAAAAGCUUUACUAUAACAAAAGAUGUAAACAUGAUAACGGUAGAAAAUUUAUUCAAUGGAUUUUUACCAAAACGUAUAAUUUUGGGUUUUGUCAAUGAAGAUGCAUUUUCAGGUGAUAGACAAGCAAAUCCAUUCAAUUUCGACAACUUUUCAGUUUCCCAUUUAGCAUUAAACGUUGAUGGUAAUCAUGUACCGACAGUACCUUAUCAACCCGAUUUUGAAGGAAACCUUUAUAUGAGAGAAUUUGUAAAUUUAUACCGGUACACUGGUCAAGAUGAUGGAAUUCCACAAUGUGAUAUUGAUUAUGACAAGUACAAGUCAAUGUACUGUUUGUUUGCUUUUGACUUGAGUAGUGAUGGUACAUUAGGUGGAUCACAUUGGGUAUCGGUUUAUAUAAGUAAAAACCGUACAGGUAUUUACUUUGACUCUUUUGGACGUCAACCACCACCAGAAAUUUUAUCAUUUAUACUGAGAAACACCUCUUUCUAUGAAAUAUCUAAAUCAAAAUACCAGGGUGAUGAUUCCGCAGCCUGUGGUUACUAUUGUUUACUAUUUGUCCUCAUGUCAAACAAAAAAUCUUUUUUCAAUUUACUUACACAUUGUAAUCAUUCAAAAAAUGAAUAUUUGAUUUACAAAAAACUUUUAAAGCUAAUAAAAUAA